UGCAGCUUCUAUGCUAUUUGUGAUACUGUCCCCUUUGGCGCACUUAUCACUGGGUCAGAGAACAAUGCUUUCCACAGGCGACGUGGUCAGCUUCCUACUGCUCUUUCUAGCCUUCACACGGACGGCAGAGUAUCGAUCGUGCAAGCAGCCUGGAGGCUUGACACACAUGUCUCUUGUCACAGACAUCGCACCUUGCUUGCCUGUUGUUGUCUGUCUGCGCAUCCAAUGGGAUGUAAUGACCCUCUCGCCUGUGAUGCAGGUGCACCUCCUGCCCAACUUUUUUGUACCGGUUCUCAUGCUGUGCAAAGUCAGCGACUUUGUGUUCGAAGAAGCAUUCAAUCAGCGAGCGUCGCCGAGGCGCCUGAACAUGAUGUUCAGCCGAUCUUUCUCCGAACGCGACGGUACUGCUUUCCCAAGGAGAGUGUCUCCCGCCACCGGCCCCCCUGAGCCGUCAUGACUCUCACCCACGUUCGAUUUCCCAAGAUACCACCCUCACUUUAGUAGAAGGGCGACUCGAAACUUCCUCGCUGUCGAGCUUCUCGCAAGUCCUUCAGAGCGCGUUCGUCGACAGCUUCUCGCAAGUCGUUCAGAGCGCGUUCGCAUUUUG